CCAAAUCGCGAAACCCAUCAUGGGCGGAGUCAUCACCGACGAAGGCUUCAGUCUCUUGGAGGAGGAUGAUGAAGCCAGGGAUUUCACGCCGCGUAAGAGAGCGACCGCUCGACAGUCGCGUCCCACAUGGUGCCAAGUCCUCCGUCGUCGUCGGAUCAUGCUCGUACUGGUGUUGCUCGUUGUCGUUAUCGGUGUCGGUGUGGUGCUCGUCACCCUUGUCCUGAAACUCAAGGACACCACGGUAACCCUGCAACGGCUGCAUUUGCCGGAUGUGUGCAACAAGACAUCUCUAGGCGCGGCGUCCCUUCAGUUCAGUAACCCUUCGUUCUGCGAGCCCGUGAUCGGCCCCAUUGCCGUUGCUGUGGUCGCCAACAACGGCACGCAACUGAUGGACAUCCAUGUGCCAGCGUUUCCACUCGCGUCUGGCAUGUCCGUCGUGACCUCGAUCAUCACGUUCUCCAUCGUCGCGAACGCAUCGACAUGGCAGCACGUGCUCUUCGAUGCCCCGUCGUCAACGCUUUCAUUGGUCGGCACCGUCCCCAUCCGACUGUCGUGCCUGAUCGUUCCAUUCACCGUGACAGUCGACAUCCACGACAUACUCCACGACGCAUCAUCUUCGUCGUCAUCCUUGUCCUUGUCGCCGCUCUUCACUCGCGCCUUCUUCCGUCCGUAUCCAUCGUCGAACACCAUUGGCGACACGUUUGACAUUGCUUCCCGCGUGCGCCAGAUGGUACACGACAUCUUGCAAUCGAUUGCAUUAUCUCAAGGCCAUCUCGACCAAGACAAGGACGGCGUGUACCUGUUUACAGACGUGACGUUCCAGUACGCUUCGCCAGUGCAAUGGGCGCUGCCAGACUUGAGCUUUCAGCUGCUCCAGAAGCAUCAAAAUACCCCCCCCACCAGCCAAAACAACUCGACGGCCGUGCUGUUGUCUGCGGGGCUCUACGGGUUUCUUCUGGGGGGCGGGGCUACCCACUUGAACUCGUUUGCGUACCUGCGGCAUGCCGACUCGCAGCCGCUCUUGGACGCCGUGGCCACGUACCUCCGCGGCGACGACGUCCGCUUACACGUUCAAGGGAACGACCCGCUGUCAUCUUGCUUUGCCCAGCGCCUUUGGAACGACAUGCACUACACGUUCCAUGUACCCGGCACCGUGGACGGCAAGCCCGCGUUCCUCCGCCAUUACGAUGUGGACCCGACGCUCAAGAAGCUCGACUCGACCACUCACUCGUGUGAGUUGCGUGUGGAUGUCAACUUGACGAUACACAACCCACUGCCGUUUGAACUGCUUCUGCGACACGUCCAGUUUGACGUACUGUAUCGCAACGUGAGCGAACCGGCACAUCACAUGGUGGGCACGGCCGUGGAUGCGACACCGGUCGACUGGAAGAGCCACAUGGUGAACGAUGUCGCAUUUAGCUUGGUCGUGACCAACUUUGACGUGUGUGAAGACCUGUUGGUGCUGUACUUGAACGACCUACUGGCGUUUGCGAUUCAACGGGGCAACUUGACGCUCGGGUUUGGAGGGGGCGACUCGUUUCACAUUCCAUUCCAUGUAGAUGACAUCCGCGUGCAUCCCCCGCCCGAUGAUUACGCCGCCAUCAUGUUGGCUGCUGGGCAGUGGACAAAUAGUGUGAUGCAACUAGUAGCAGUGGAAGACCUUUAGUAGUAGUACUAGUAGUAGACGAGUAGUAAGAUACGCAUGCAUUGAUUUAGUGUAAGCAAACGUAUUAUUGUGGUAUAUUCGACACGAAUUUCCAGACCCCGUCGAAU